AUGGAGAAUUUAUCUGCUUUCUUGACUAAUUUCGAUGCAGAUACUCAUAUCCGCUGGGCUGCAAAUCAUUGGCAUUUGUCGGUCUAUAUUGCCAUCUUCUAUAUUGUUGCCACUUUUGUCACUCAACAUGUUAUGCAAUCACGAAAUCCAAUGAAUUUACGUCGAGAACUCUUCUACUGGAAUGUUUUUCUUGCUGUUUAUAGCGCUGUGACUAGCUAUAAAACAAUCGGCAAAUUAAUUUCUGUCUGGUAUAAUCAAGGCUUUUAUAAUGUUACCUGUACCACUUGGAUGUUUUAUGAUGAGCAAACUAAAUUCUGGAUAUGGCUCUUUCCCGUCUCCAAAAUUGUGGAGUUGGUCGAUACUUCCUUUAUUGUCUUACGUAAAAAUCGACUCAUUUUUCUGCACUGGUAUCAUCACGCCACUGUAUUAGUUUAUUGUUGGUACGCUUAUGGCAAAGCGGCGGGUACUGGAACUUGGUUUAUUGCACUCAAUGCCUUCGUCCAUACCAUCAUGUAUUCUUAUUAUGCUCUCAAAGCUACUGGCCAAUUUAAAAUAUCCAAAAAAGUCAAUUUAUUGAUUACCACAUUGCAAACAGUGCAAAUGAUUGUUGGCUGCGGUAUUAAUACAUAUGCUGCUCAUAGUCAAUUCAUCUUAGGUAAAGAUUGCACUAUUACAAAGAAUCUUCUCAUGGCUUCCGGCGUAAUGUAUUUUAGUUAUUUGGUUUUAUUCGCCAAUUUCUUUUUCAAAACUUAUCUGCGAUCGCCAAAACCCAAGGAAAAGCUUUCUUAA